AUGUUAGUAGUAGUAAUUAUUUUUACUGUAGUAAAAGUACUUGUAAUCGAAAAAAAUGUCCCAGUACAUACUGUAAUAUCUUUACAAAAUGCUUCUGGAGUACUUUCACAGAGUAAAAAGAUAAAGUAG